AUGAUUAAUUAGGCUUAUAAAAAGUUAAAAAAAACAGAAGAGGUCAAUGAAAUAGCUAAGAAGAGAGAAUAUACCAAUUUGAAGGAUAAGUAUAAAAACUUUAAAAAAGAAGACGUUUUGGAUUUGUUAAACGAAUAUUAUAAGAAAAAUUACAGUAUCAAAGAUAUUCACAAAGAAUUGAGACAUAUUUCCCAAAAAUUUCUUAUUAACAAAGACAUAGUUGAUCAUAUUUGUGAGGAAUUGCAAAAAGAUUGUGAAAAUGAAUUUAAAGAUUGUGAAAAUGAAUUUAAAGAUUAAGAUGAAAAUGAAAUUAAGUUAUCAUUUUGUGUUAUACUGAAAUUUUAAAUAAAAAAUGGAUAUAAAAUUGAUGUUGAUAAACUAAUCGUUAUUUUAGGAAAAAAUCAUGAUAAAUAAAUCAAAUCAUAAAUUGUGCUAGCAAUAUGUGAAUUAAUGGAAAAAUAAAAAGAUCUUAUUAAUUAGAAUCAAUUAAAUAUUAUUUUAUAGAGCAAUAAUAUUGAUUCCAGAGCUUUACAAUAAUUAAAUUAAUUAUUAAGAGGUGAAUAAUUAAAAUUAAACUACCCAACAUACCUAAAUGAAUAAAGUAUCAAAAGAAAAAUAUAAAAGAAGUAGUAUUUCCCAAAUAUACAUGUUACAAAAUAGUAAAUACAAUAACAAACUUGCUAAAAUUACAAUAUUAAUCAUUUUUAUAAUUAAUUUUCACAAUCUUUUGAUAUGAAAAUUUUUUAUAAGGAUCCAAAUGACAGCAUAGCCCCAGAAAUUUAGCUUCAAAAAAAAGCAGAACGUGAUGGAACUGACUUAAAUUUAAUGUUGGGUCAUUAUUCCUCUAUAAAAUUACUUUAUGAAAAGGCUCUCCAAAAUUAAAUAAUCACAAUUUAGGAUAAAGAUUACUUAGGUUAACAAUUAGGGGAUUUCAAUCCAGGUAAUUGGGGAAUAAUGUUUAAAAAGCUUGGAAUUUUUUAAAUUUAUAUAUGCAACAGAAUGAUUAUUAAAUUAUUUUAGAUUAUAACUGGAAAUAGAGAGUAUUAAUAAGUUACUGAAUAAAUAGUUAUAAAAUUGUUUCCAUUUUGUUAAAGUAUAGAAACAGUUAAGAACAUGAUAUUUCAAAAUAAAAAUGAUUAAGAUAUAGUGAAAGAAAUAAAAAAUAAUUUAAAUUCAAAAACUAAUUUAAAUGAUAUAGAAUGUUUGUAAAUUCCAAUUAAAAGCAUUUUAUCAUAAAAAUAAAUUAAUUAAGAAGACCUAAUGUAAUUAAUAGAUAAUGAUAUUAAUUAAAUGAGAAUAUCUGCAUUAUAAACCCUUUUCAAUAUUAUUAAACAAAAUGAAAGCUCGGGUAAAAAAUAAGCUUAAUUAUAUUUUGAAACAAACAUCAAUUAAAAAGAUGAAAAAUUUUAUCUGUUAAUAGACUAAAAUGAAUAAUUCAGAUUAUUGGCAUUGGAAAUUAAUAUUUAUUUAUUUGGCGCAUUAGAUUAUAAAAAGGUAUUUUACGACUGUUUGAGUAAUAUUAAUUAUUAUUUUGAAAAAGGAAUAGAGUAUAUGAAAGAGUAAGCAAAAGAUAGUAGAAAGUUAAUUGAUUUGUUUCAUAAUAAAACAAUUCAAACAAUUAUCAAUACAUUUAAAGCUAAUGUUGAUAAAUAAAAUGAUUAUUCAAAGGUUCUGCUUGAUCUCAUUGUCUUUUAUUUAUCAAAAGAAUAAUCUAUAGCUUUAGAUUAUUAAGUAUAAGAANCCAAAUAUACAUGUUACAAAAUAGUAAAUACAAUAACAAACUUGCUAAAAUUACAAUAUUAAUCAUUUUUAUAAUUAAUUUUCACAAUCUUUUGAUAUGAAAAUUUUUUAUAAGGAUCCAAAUGACAGCAUAGCCCCAGAAAUUUAGCUUCAAAAAAAAGCAGAACGUGAUGGAACUGACUUAAAUUUAAUGUUGGGUCAUUAUUCCUCUAUAAAAUUACUUUAUGAAAAGGCUCUCCAAAAUUAAAUAAUCACAAUUUAGGAUAAAGAUUACUUAGGUUAACAAUUAGGGGAUUUCAAUCCAGGUAAUUGGGGAAUAAUGUUUAAAAAGCUUGGAAUUUUUUAAAUUUAUAUAUGCAACAGAAUGAUUAUUAAAUUAUUUUAGAUUAUAACUGGAAAUAGAGAGUAUUAAUAAGUUACUGAAUAAAUAGUUAUAAAAUUGUUUCCAUUUUGUUAAAGUAUAGAAACAGUUAAGAACAUGAUAUUUCAAAAUAAAAAUGAUUAAGAUAUAGUGAAAGAAAUAAAAAAUAAUUUAAAUUCAAAAACUAAUUUAAAUGAUAUAGAAUGUUUGUAAAUUCCAAUUAAAAGCAUUUUAUCAUAAAAAUAAAUUAAUUAAGAAGACCUAAUGUAAUUAAUAGAUAAUGAUAUUAAUUAAAUGAGAAUAUCUGCAUUAUAAACCCUUUUCAAUAUUAUUAAACAAAAUGAAAGCUCGGGUAAAAAAUAAGCUUAAUUAUAUUUUGAAACAAACAUCAAUUAAAAAGAUGAAAAAUUUUAUCUGUUAAUAGACUAAAAUGAAUAAUUCAGAUUAUUGGCAUUGGAAAUUAAUAUUUAUUUAUUUGGCGCAUUAGAUUAUAAAAAGGUAUUUUACGACUGUUUGAGUAAUAUUAAUUAUUAUUUUGAAAAAGGAAUAGAGUAUAUGAAAGAGUAAGCAAAAGAUAGUAGAAAGUUAAUUGAUUUGUUUCAUAAUAAAACAAUUCAAACAAUUAUCAAUACAUUUAAAGCUAAUGUUGAUAAAUAAAAUGAUUAUUCAAAGGUUCUGCUUGAUCUCAUUGUCUUUUAUUUAUCAAAAGAAUAAUCUAUAGCUUUAGAUUAUUAAGUAUAAGAAUUAUUUAUGUAAAAAAUUUCAGAAAGUUAUGAAUAAUAAAAACUUAACCUUUUAUUAUCAUUAUUAUUUUCAAUUCAGAAAAGUUAAAAGAAUUGUUAUUACAGACCUCUACUUGAAAAGUUCAAAGAAUUUAAUGAACAAUGUUAAUUGAUGAUUAUAAUUGGUUUGGGACCUGUAAUAGAUAAAAUAAAAUCAGAAGUUACUAUUCCAGAGGAGUUGUCGGAAUAUUUAAAUUAUGUAACCUAAGAAAAUAAAAAGAAAGUAAAUAAUCAAUUUGUAGCAAUUCUAGCUCAAAAUGAAUUGACUUUUUGUGUUUCUUCAUAAGCAGCUAAGAUAAUAUAUCAUUUGUUGACUGAAAAAUCGAAAAUAACUGAAACUGUUGUUGAUAAUUUGCUAAAAGCUAUUGAAAGCGAAGAUUAUCUAACUUAAUUAUUUGCAGCUAAAGCAUUAUCAGAAGUUUUAGAAUAUGAAGAUAAAAUAAUUUUAAAAGUAUAAGAUAAAGUAGAUCCAAAAUAUCAAACAGAGUUCUCUCUUUAUUGUAAUUUAAUCUACAUAAAUGCAUUAAACAUAAAAUCUAUCAAAUUUGCUAUCAAUGAAAUACACAUUUAAAGACUUUCACGUUUAUUUCCCUUUUAAGAAAUAAUUAUUUAAGAUGAAAAACCUUUAAAUAUCGAACAGACAAUAUUGAUAAUUUUUUCUAAUUAAUCAAAUUUACAAUAAUAAGAAUUUGAUACUUAAGUAUUUGAAAUAUUUAACUAAUUAUUUAAUACAAAUUAAGAUAUAAAAAAAGCACUCGAUAUUAUUUACAAUUAUACAAAAAACAAAAACAAAAUAUUUAUUCCUUAGGAAACUAUUUUUGCUAUAGAAAAUUAAUUAGAUAUUGCAGAUGAUAAUGCAAAUAACGAUUAAAAAUUUAGUAAUAAACAAAUAUGCUUUAAAAUCCUUAAAAAAAUCAUUAAAAAAGGUAAAAAAGUGAGUGAGAAAACUUUAGAAUAUUUAUUAUCAAAUCUUGAUGAAGAUGAAGCAUAAUAUAAAAAGGCAUUUAAAAUUUUAGAAUAAGUUGAACUUAAUUAAGAAUUGUCAGAAAAAGUAUUUACAGUGUUAUAAAUGGAAAGAGUUGGUUAUGUUCUGAAAGAACAAAAAUAAGAUGAAAAUGAUGCCUUAAAAUAUCUCGAAUAAAAAACAAAACAAGGUUUUGGAUUAUCAAAGCACAAUUUAGAACAAAUAAGCACUAAGUUGAAAAAAGGAGAUAGGGAAAAAUUACUAGCAAUCCUAUUAAAUCAUGCUCUUAAUAAAUAUUCUAUUCCUAAUUAUAUCCUUGAAGAUCUAAAUGAUAUACUUAAUGAUGAAUAGAUUGAUGAUCGAAUAAUUAAAAUAUUCAUUACUGUUUUAGAAAAUAAUCAAGUGUUACCUAAUGAAAUUAUAAAUAAAUUGAAAUAAUCUUUAGAAAAUAUUUAAGUGUCAAAUAAAGUACUUCUUAUUUUUGCUUUAUUAAGNUUGUCGGAAUAUUUAAAUUAUGUAACCUAAGAAAAUAAAAAGAAAGUAAAUAAUCAAUUUGUAGCAAUUCUAGCUCAAAAUGAAUUGACUUUUUGUGUUUCUUCAUAAGCAGCUAAGAUAAUAUAUCAUUUGUUGACUGAAAAAUCGAAAAUAACUGAAACUGUUGUUGAUAAUUUGCUAAAAGCUAUUGAAAGCGAAGAUUAUCUAACUUAAUUAUUUGCAGCUAAAGCAUUAUCAGAAGUUUUAGAAUAUGAAGAUAAAAUAAUUUUAAAAGUAUAAGAUAAAGUAGAUCCAAAAUAUCAAACAGAGUUCUCUCUUUAUUGUAAUUUAAUCUACAUAAAUGCAUUAAACAUAAAAUCUAUCAAAUUUGCUAUCAAUGAAAUACACAUUUAAAGACUUUCACGUUUAUUUCCCUUUUAAGAAAUAAUUAUUUAAGAUGAAAAACCUUUAAAUAUCGAACAGACAAUAUUGAUAAUUUUUUCUAAUUAAUCAAAUUUACAAUAAUAAGAAUUUGAUACUUAAGUAUUUGAAAUAUUUAACUAAUUAUUUAAUACAAAUUAAGAUAUAAAAAAAGCACUCGAUAUUAUUUACAAUUAUACAAAAAACAAAAACAAAAUAUUUAUUCCUUAGGAAACUAUUUUUGCUAUAGAAAAUUAAUUAGAUAUUGCAGAUGAUAAUGCAAAUAACGAUUAAAAAUUUAGUAAUAAACAAAUAUGCUUUAAAAUCCUUAAAAAAAUCAUUAAAAAAGGUAAAAAAGUGAGUGAGAAAACUUUAGAAUAUUUAUUAUCAAAUCUUGAUGAAGAUGAAGCAUAAUAUAAAAAGGCAUUUAAAAUUUUAGAAUAAGUUGAACUUAAUUAAGAAUUGUCAGAAAAAGUAUUUACAGUGUUAUAAAUGGAAAGAGUUGGUUAUGUUCUGAAAGAACAAAAAUAAGAUGAAAAUGAUGCCUUAAAAUAUCUCGAAUAAAAAACAAAACAAGGUUUUGGAUUAUCAAAGCACAAUUUAGAACAAAUAAGCACUAAGUUGAAAAAAGGAGAUAGGGAAAAAUUACUAGCAAUCCUAUUAAAUCAUGCUCUUAAUAAAUAUUCUAUUCCUAAUUAUAUCCUUGAAGAUCUAAAUGAUAUACUUAAUGAUGAAUAGAUUGAUGAUCGAAUAAUUAAAAUAUUCAUUACUGUUUUAGAAAAUAAUCAAGUGUUACCUAAUGAAAUUAUAAAUAAAUUGAAAUAAUCUUUAGAAAAUAUUUAAGUGUCAAAUAAAGUACUUCUUAUUUUUGCUUUAUUAAGUUAAAAUGUAGCUGAAUUUGAUAUUCAAAUACUUUAAAAGUUAAUUGAAAGAAUAUUUAAGUGCAAUGAUAAAAAUUUAGAAUAUCAAAUAUUAGUAGGAAUAGAUAAAUAAAUUGAAAAAAAUCCAAAAUUUGGAUAGGAUACAAAAAAUUUUGAAAUUGUAUAAUCAUAUAUUUUAAAUAGAUUAGAAGAUGAAAAUUCUGACAUUCUUACCAUUUGUUACAAUAUAUUAUUAAAAAUUGCCAAAUUAGGUUGGUUAUAAAAUCAAAUAAUUGAAAAAUUUUUAUAAUAACUGAAAGAUUUUAAAUUAUAAUAGAAUUUGAGAUAGAAGAUUUUGAAUAUUUUACAUAAAUGUUAGCUUGAGGACUCAGUAAAAGAAUAAAUUAAUCUAUUUUAACUUUAAGAAAUUGAUGAUUUACUGAAAUACUAAUAUAAUUAAAAGGAUUUAAUUUUACUUCCAUAACAUUUUUUACUUCUGUCUUAACAAUUAAAUAUUUUACAAAAGAAAUAAAAAAUAGAAGCAUUAAAUCUUUUAUUAAGAUGUGAAAAUAAAAAAGAAUUUACUGAUGAUUUGAUAGAAAGUUUAAUAAGGCUUUUUUCUAAUGAGAUGGAUGAAGAAUUAUAAUCUGGUUGUAUCCUACUAAUUUAUUAAAUUUAAACUUCAGGAAGAUGCCUUGAUGAUCAAUUCAUAUAAUAAAUCUAUUAGAAAGAUGAAAAUAAAAUUCUUUAGAAAUUAAAUAUAGAACUUGAUUAAAAUUUAAAUAUUUUAAGUCCUUAAAAAUUGCAAAAGGAUCUUGAAAUAAUGAUUAAUAAAGUAGAUAUUUCUAAAUUGAAUUAAUUAUUAGAAAUAAUAGAUAAGAAUAUUAAAAAUUUUCUCAUUUUUAAUUAAUAAUCAAUAGAACAAUUUUUAAAAAUUCUCAAUAGAGAUUUGCAUUAAAUAUGUUUAGAGUAAUUAUAUUGCUUAUCUAAAUUGCUUUGCUAUAUAGUUUUAUAAUAGAAUUUUAUUAAUAAAGAUUUAGUUAUUAUUAUUGAAGGAUUAAUUUAAAAUAAUGAAUUUAAAGUACAUAAAAAAUUGAUUUAAGCAUAUACGAAGAUCAUAAAGUUAAAAUAAUUUAAUUAAUUAAAAUAAACAAUAGAAACUCAACUUUUAAAAGAGGAAAAAAAUGCUAAAGUAAGAGACAAUAUGAUUAUUUGUAUUUCAAUAGCAUAUUAAUUCGGAAAUUUAAAAACUUAAAUUGGAUUACUAAUUUUGGAAGUUAAUCUAUUCAAUGAUGAUGAAAUACUUAGAUAUUAUUCAGUUAAAGGAUUGUUAGCUGCUUAAGUUAAAGGCUAAGAAUCUAUGAUGUUUGAUAAUUGGUGCUAAAUAACAAAAGAAAAAUUUUUAAAUUAAUCAAAAACAGAUAUAGAUAUCAAUAACGAUUUAUUAGAAAUAAUCUCUCUCUUAGAACAUAUUGAUUUUGUUAAAAUUAAAGAAAUUCCCAAAACAGAAUAGCAAUAUUUAUAAAGAGAACUAUUAUUAACUAAUUUAUUAUAUAAAUCUAAAGCUAAUAAUAGGCAAAUCUUAAAUAUGACUGAAAAUUGGAUUAAAGUAGAAAAAAAGAAUAAUGAUAAUAAUUUAAUGCUUUCAAUACUAAAAAACCUAAAUUUAGAUUAAAAAUUAGAAUGUCAAUAAUUAUAGGAAAUAAUUUAUAUUUUAGUCUUUCUCGACUUAGUGAAGUGUGCACAGAUUAUAGAAAAUUCAAUAAAUUAUUAUUAAGAGCUUAAAUGUUUUUGGAUUUAAACUUAACUAAAAAAUAAAUUAGGAACACAACAAAUUCAAGAUUAGUAUUUAAUUGAGUAAGCUAAAAUGAUGAGUACUUUAUAAUUAAAUAUCGAAUUACUAAAUAAUUUGUUUUUAUCUCUAAGUGAAAUUGAUGAUCUAUUGAAAUUAGAAAAAUUGUUAAAUAUUUUAAUCAAAAAUAAAUUUGAUUAUUUUAAUAGGUUGCCUCAGUAGACUUCAUUGGAUAAUAUAAUAAAUAUACUGGAUUUAUGUUCAAUAAUAAAUUUAUUUAAUUUUUAAGAAAACAAGUUGGUUUUAGAAAAUUUAAUUUAGAGCUUGAUUAAAUAAGGAUGGAGUUUUGAUGGUUUUAAAAAAAUUAAGGAAAUAAUAACCGACAAAUUUAAAUUAAAUGAAGUGAAAUAAGGCAAUCAUAUGUCAAUAGAAGCUCAAAAUAAUUUUUUUAAAGUUUUUGAAAUUUAUAUAAAUUAUGAGGUGCAACAAUCUGAUUAAUCGAUAAAUUUAUUUUCUUAAAAUAUAUAAUAUUGGAUCUUGGAAGCUAAUUUAAUAGCAACAAACAAGACUUUAAUCUAAAGCAAAUAAAAAGACUGCUAAGAACUUUUAGAAGAAGUAAAAUUAAAAAGUUUAAAUAAUUAGAAUAAAUCUUUUUAAUUUUUUUAAGAUCAGACAAAAAAAAAAUAUAAAGAAAUUAUGUAUCAAUUGAAUUAAUUAAUAUGCUAAAUUAAAGAGAAAAAGUAACUAAAUUUUAGUAAGGAAAAUAGUGAAUAGAUUUCAAAUUGGAAGAAAGAAGACAUUUAGAAAUGGUCUAAAUAUGUGAAGAAAAAUGUAAAGGAUUUAUUUAAGAAUGAAUAAUUUUUGGUAGAAGUUCUUGCUGUUAUAAUAAGAGCUAUGUAUUUACAUACAGAUUUUUUAUUGACUGAUACAUAAUUAUUAAGUGUAUUAGUAAUUCAUGAUGGAAAUUUAUAAAAUGGUAGAUUAUUGUAAGUUGCAACCGGAGAAGGCAAAUCUACAAUAAUUGUAAUAAUUGCAUUGAUUUUUGCAUUAAAAGGUUAUAAAGUUGACAUUAUUACAAGCUCUCCAAUUUUAGCCUAAAGAGAUUCAUAAUAUUAUUUAGAAUUAUUUAGAUAUUUUAAUUUAGAAUGUGCUGAUAAUAGUGAUAAAGGAAUUUAUUCUAAAGGCCCUAAAAAAUGUUAUGAGAAGGAUAUAGUUUAUGGAGAAGUAUCUUAAUUUUAAUUUGAUAUACUCAGAUAAUAAUACAGUAAAUUAGAUACUUUAGGAUAGAGAAAAUAAUAAAUUGCUAUUGUAGAUGAAGUAGAUACUAUGUUAAUUGAUGAUAAUACUAAAUUAGCAAGAUUGUCCACACCAAUAACUGGUUUAGAUCAAUUACAUCCUUUGUAUAUAAUUAUUUGGUUAAAAGUUAAUGAAUUAAGCAAAAAUAUAAUUUUUGAAAAGGAAAAAUGUUAUUAUGUAAAAUAAAAAACUUAAAAAAUUGAAAUAAAUGAAGAUUUACUGGAAUUUUAUAUUAAAGAAGUGAACAGUUAAGUAAGUCAAAACUUUGAUAAUUAAAAUGAGAAGUAAUCAGAUGAACAAAAUUCAUUAGGAAAAAUUUAAAUUCCAAAGAAUUUUUUAGAAUUCGUAGAAUUAUAAUUACCAAAUUGGAUAAAAAAUGCAUUUUUAGCAGCAUUUAAAUAUUAGGAAAAUGUUCAUUAUAUAAUUGAUGAAGAUGAAAUAAAACCAGUUGAUUUUGAUAGUACAGGUCUUAUAUAAUUUUAAACUAAUUGGGGUGAUGGAUUACAUUAAUUUUUAUAAAUAAAACAUAAUUUAAAAAUAACAUCAGAAAGUUUCACUACAAACUUUUUGUCUAAUGUCGGAUAUUUUAAAUUAUAUAAAGAUAAAUUAUUUGGAUUGACAGGAACUUUAGGUUCAGAAAAAGCCUAAGAAGUACUUAGUUAAGUUUAUAAUGUGGAUUUAGUAUUUAUACCACUUUCAAAGGAAAAAUUAUAUAUUGAAUUUCCAACAAGGUUUGUUGAUUAAAAUAGAUGGAUUGAUGAGAUUUGUGAAUCUGCUAUUGAUGAAGCAAGACACAAAAAAAGGGGAGUUUUAAUAAUUUGUUAAACAAUAGCAAAUGCUUAAUAAAUUUAUAAUCAUUUAUUAGAUAAAUAUGAAAAAUACAAAUUAAAACUUUAUGUAAUGAAUAAUAUGAAUUAAGAGAGAUAAAUAGAAUAUAUAGCUCCUGAAUAAAUUUUUGUUGCUACUAAUCUUGCUGGAAGAGGUACAGAUAUUAAAACUGAUGAUGAUAUUGAAAAAAAUGGAGGAUUACAUGUUAUUCUAUCUUAUUUAACAUCAAAUAAAAGAGUGGAUGAUUAAGUUUUUGGAAGAACUGCAAGGUAAGGAAAAAGAGGAACAGGUUAAAUGAUUUUAUCAAAAGAUGAAUUAAUCAAAUAUGGUUUUUAAGACUUUACUAAAAUUAGAGAAGCAAGGGAUGAAUAGGAAUCUAAAUAUUUAGAUGAUUAUUUACAAAAUUAAUUAGUUCUUAUAAAUUUGAAGGAUUAAUUGUUCGAAAAAUUUUGUCUUUUCUUAGAUUUUAUUAGAGAAAACAUAAGAGUAAAAAUUUUUUAAAAUUAUACAGAUUUUCUAAGUGAAUAAUGUAAGAUGUUAGAAGAACAGAAUAAAAAUGUUCAUUAUUAAAUUAAAUAAUCUAAAUAGAAAAAUUUAGAUUAUACUAAAGAGGAACUAAUCAUAAUUAAAAGUAUUGAAGAGAAUUGGGCUUUAUUUAUAUAAAAAAUAGAUAAAAAUUAAAUUAAAAUAAAUAAUGCUAAUUAGGAAUAUAAUAUUUUUCAAAGAGAUAUUUUGGAAAGUAUUGAAAAUAAUUAAAUAAUAAAAAAUCCAUAUUAUAAAAUUUAAAUAGGUAAAUUUUACUUAGACACAAUACCUUUAAUUUUCAAAAAUGGUGGAUAUAAAAAAGCUUUGAAAUAAUUCGAAGAAGCAUAAAAACUUGAUGAAUCAGGGUGUGCAGCAGCAGCAUAUUAUUAUUAAAGUUUAGUACUAUUAAAAAAAGAGAGUAGUAAGAAUACUCAAUUUAAAGAAAUAAUCUAAAAAUUAUUAAAUAAUUCUUUAUAAAUAGUGCUUCAAGAAUAGCAACUUAUAACAUGUGUCAUUUCUUAAUGUUAAUUGGAUAAUAAAACUAGUCUAUCACAGUAAAUUCAACUUAAAAUUACUAUCUUAGGAUCUUAUAUCAAUUCAAUCAAGCAAGCAAUUCAAACCAUAAAGAAAUCAUAAAGAUUAAUUACUAUAUAUGGAAAUGUUUAGAAAGGUAACUGUGAAAAUGUUGUUCCCAUCGAAGUAGAAUAACCAAAAAUAAAAAUAAUGGAAAAAUUACAAAAGAAUCAAAUUGAACCUUUUGAUAGCUAUGAUAUUGUUUUUAAUGAUUUAACUGUAAGAUACGAUUGUGGAAAUAAAGAUCAAGCUGAGGAUACAAUAAAAGAUUAAGAAUCCUAUUUUAAUUAUGUAAAGAGAAAGUUUCCCAAAAUUGAUUAAAAUCCCAAUAUUUGUAUCUAACUCAACUAAAUGAAGCUUCAAUAAAUUAUUGCAAUCCUUGAGAAAAAUGAGAACUAUUAUGCUUCUGAUAGAGACUUCCUAUUGAUGAAAUUAGAUUAAUAUUAGAAAUAAAAAACGACUUAAGUUAAUCUUAAAAUUUAAGGCGAGAAGAAAUUCGAAUAAUUAUAAAUAGAAGAAGCAAAAGCAAAAAUUGAAAAAUGUAAAGAUUUAAAUUAAAUAUUUAAUUUGUAGAUUUUAAAUGUUAAUGAAAAUUCAUCUAUAAUUAUAAAUUCAAAGGUAUUUCAUAAAAAUAGCUAAGCAGCUUUAGACUUACAAUAUUAGGGUAUUAGUCAUUAAUUUGCGAAAACUAUAGUAGAGAAAAUUAAAUCACAAUCAAUCGAUAUAGAAAUGAAAGCUACUAAAGAAUUAAUUAUGCCAGUUAUUUAGCUUAUAAAUUCUGAAAAUUUUUAAAUAUGGAUGAAAGAAAGCAAACUUUAUGAAAAUUAUUAGAAUUAGGAUGCUCUGAAGUAUAUUAAUCAAUUAAGUGAUGAAUAGGAUCUUAUAGUAAAAUUAAGUAUGUAAGAGUAAGAUAAAUAAAAACUUAUAAAAGCCUUUGAAUUGUGUGAAUAGAUAUAUAUUAAUAUAAAAUUCAAAAAAAUUGAAUACAGUGAGUUAAUCAUAGAUUUUAAUGAGGAUUAGAAUGCAAUAGCCAGUUUUAGGAGUUUAAAAUAGGAUGAAGCAAUAAGUUUAAUUUAAGUAUUAAGAUAGAAAAAUAUUGAAUUCCAAUUAAUAUUUAAAGAAGUGGAUUAAGAAAAUUUAGAAUAAAUUAUUGAGAAGGCAUCAGUAAAUGAAGAGAGGAUUGAAAUUACUAAGGAUAAAGGUACAUUAGAAGAUUUAUUUAUGUAAGAGAAAUCAAGGGCAUAAAUAGAAUUGGAAGAAUUAUCUAAUAGAGGUAUAUCAUAAAUUUAUGAAAUAAAUGAGAAAAAGUUUAUUCCUUAUCGCAGUUUAUUAGCAUUAAAUACGAUAGCUGCACUAUAAGUGGUAGGUGGAAUAAUGUUAGUUGGAACAGGUUUUGGUGCAAAUGCAGGGAUGGCUCUGAUUUCAGAAGGAAUAGCUGAUAGUGUAAAUUCAGGAUUUGUUUAUAUGAACAGAGAUUUUCGUUGGUCUAACUAUGCAAAAUAAAAAAUUUUGAGUGUGACAAUAUCAUGUGUAACUCUUGGUUUAAGCAACUUGAAAGAUGCAGGAAAGGGAAUUGUGAAUACUUUUCCAAGGUAAGCACUUACAGAAACUAAAGAACAAUUCGCAAUUAGAGGAUAUAUAUUUGGAAAGUCUUUUUUAAAAUCAGCAUGGUCAUAAUUAAAUUAAUAAUCAAAGAAACUAUAUUAAUUGGCAUUUAAAUAAACUUUAAAUAAUACUACAUAGAUGAUAGUUUAAAAAGGAAUAAAUUUAGGAGUUAAUUAAUCAAUCAAUUAUAUAAUUGACUCAAAAAUGCCAGGAAUUUAAUACUACAUUUCAUAGAAAAUUAUGGAGAAAUUUAAGGAAUACGAUACCAAGAGUUUCUUAAAGAAAAUGUUAGUGAUAGACUAAUUAGAAUUAAAUUAAAGUAAAACUAAAUUGCAAAAAUAAAUCGAGGGGAUUUUAAUAAGUUAUUUGUAGAAUAGUAGUUUUUUAAGAUAAAUAAGUGAUUUUAUGCUUAAUUAUUUACAAAGAUUAACAUAUUUGAAUUAAUAAGGAAUUCCUAGUGAAAUAGGAGCAAUUGCAAGAGUUUUGGCUGCUUUUUCAGGAAUGUAUGAAAUUCAUUCUCUCAUAAAUAAAGUUCCAUAAUAAAUAAUUAAAGAUUUGUAGGAAUAUGCCGAGGCAUUUUAUGGAUAUAAGCGAUUAUUACAUCCUUUAAUAAAAGAUUUUAAAGAAUCUGAAGUUUAAAGAUAAGAAUAUGAUUCAGUGAUUAACGUAUUUAAACAAAAUAAAAUUUAUGAAUAUCCAUAUUACGAAAUAACCCAAGACUAAGAAAAUAAACUUUAAUAACUUCAAAUAACACCCGAAAAGAGAAUUAGAAUAAAAGAAUUUCUAAAAAAGAUAAAAGAUUGCGAAAAUAAAAUAUAUAUAGAUUAGGAUUUAAUGAACUUCUCAAAUAUAAUCAGCAAGAAUCUUACAGAUGUGAUAGUAAGAAUAAUUGACUCUUAUUUGAUUAAUCCUUGGACUACUUUAGGAGUUAAUUAAGCUACUGGAUAUGCGUUUGCAUAACUUUAAAGAUAAAUUAAUGAUGGUAAGACAUAUGCUGAAGAUAUUAAGGAUACAGCUAAAUCAUACACUGUUGCCUUUUAAUAAAUAUACAUUAUUUAGAAUAUUAACUUUAAUCAAAAUGAUAAAGAUACUAAUAAUAAUUAAAUUAUUCUUGAUGCAGAACAUAUUAAGGCUGAUAAACCUGCUGAUCUUAAGGAUAAAAUUAUUAUUGAUCAAAUAUAUAACAUAAACUCAGAAGAAAUUUAAGUAUAAGAAUCUGAUCUUUUAAAUGAAGAAUUUAUUAAUGAAAUUAGAAAUUAAUAUCCUAAUUAAGAUAUAAGAAUACAUAUUAAUUAAGUAGAUGAUUUUGGAAAUGCUAUUAUUGGACAUGAUAUUCUCUUAUAAAAAGAUGGAACAAUAUUUGAUCCAAUAAAUAAAUUUGGAUAAAAUAACUGUACAUAUGCUGUUGCAUUAAAAUAACUCAAUAUUGAAGUUAAUGAAAAUAAUAUUUAAAUGUUAAGAAAUUAAGUUGCUUCAUAAACUUUAAAAUUAGAAAAUGGAUAAACCAUUCUUGAAGCUGCAAAUUGGAUUAAAGAUAGAUAUCCUUAAGAUGCAAAUCAAUUAUUAUUUGUUGGUGGUAAAAAACCGUCAAAAAAUGAAAAUUAAAAUAAAAUUAGAAAAUCUUAAAUAAAAUAUACAAAUAAAUAAUAAAAAAUACCUAAAGAAAAAUAAAUCUAAGAAGAAGAUAAUGAAAAUGAUAAUGAAAAUGAUAAUGAAAAUGAUGUUAUUUAAGAAAUUAUAAAAAAUUGUGAAUAAUGGGGAGAUUUGAUAGGAGGCUUUUUUUCAGAGUAUUUAUCUGAGAAUUCUAAAAAAUUUGUAAAAUCUUUAUUUGGAGUGGCCAUUCCAACAUAUUUUAUUUAUUAAAAGUCUUCAACUACAAAAAAAUUUCUCAGUAAUUUACUAGAACUUUUAUAAAAAAGAUAAAAGGAAUCAAAUACCAAAUAAAAUAAAAAGUCAAAUAAGAAAAAAUAAAAAAAAAUAAAACAAGAUGAACGAAAAUAGGCUGACCCUUAAAUAUAAGAUGAUUUAAAAUAGGCUGACCAUGAAUAACAAUAGGCUGACCCUUAAGAAAAGGAUGAAGAAAAAUGA